AUGACGAAAGAGCUGUCGGAUUUCGAGAAACAGCGCCUUGCGAAUAUUGCAGAGCGCGAUGCCUUAUUGAAGAAUUUAAAGUUGGAGGCGCAAUCUGCGGGCUUCUACGCCGGCCCCAAAACACCCGGCAGCAAUGCGCCCAGACCGAAGAAGAAGGCUGCACCGAAGCGCGUGAAGGAAGAGGAUGGAUCACCUGGACCUCGACGCCAAUCCUCUCGUAUUCGGGGAAUCGCAGCCGAAAGUGAGGUUGCGAAGCGCAAAGCAGAUGACGACUAUGAGCUUGCGAAAGAAGCGGAGCGAGCGAAGAAGAUGCGCCGGACGGACUCCUUCACGCAGAAUGAUAUGUUUAUCGCAGGCCAGAAGCUCACAGGUGACAGUCUGAUUGGCGUCGAUGUUGUUACAAAAGGUGUUGCUGAGCCUUACGUUCGCACCUUUGAUGACGAUGAUAUCCAGGAGACUACGGACAAGGACUUGAAGGCACUUCGGGAAGAAAUGAAUAGCAUGUCGAUCUAUGAGACCUGGGACCCGCAAAGAAUCAAAAUCACGCCCGAGCGAGUCUACACCAUGACCUUCCACCCUUCUGAGACCAAGCCUCUGAUAUUCGCCGGCGACAAGAUGGGCCACCUCGGUAUUUUUGAUGCAGCGCAAGAGAAACCCGAGGUUAGCGACCAGGACGAUGACGACGACCCGGACCCAGUCCUUACUACUCUGAAGCCACACACUCGGACUAUUUGCAGUAUGAUGGUCCACCCAUCUAAGCCGACUCAUUUGUACACUGCAAGCUAUGACAGCUCGAUCCGUGAGAUGGAUCUCGAAAAGACAACGUGUGUCGAGAAAUAUGCGCCUGAAUCAACAAGCGAUGAUGAGGCUCUCUCUGGUGUGGAUAUGGCCGCAGAUGACCCCAAUACAUUGUAUUUCACCACUCUCAGAGGUGGCUUUGGUCGUUACGACACCCGGGCUCCUAUUUCAGAGAAGACAGUUUCCGAAUGGCAAUUGUCUGAGAAGAAAAUUGGUGGCUUCACUCUCUGUCCUUCACAGCCCCAUUACUUUGCGACAGCAAGUCUCGAUCGAACAAUGCGGGUAUGGGACCUGCGCAAAUUAUCGCACAAGGAACCUAUUCCCGUGGCAAUGCACGAAAGUCGACUCUCCGUCUCUCACGCUGCAUUCAACGCCGCCGGUCAAAUAGCCACUUCCUCUUAUGAUGACACGCUGAAACUGUACGACCUCGGAGCCAAGGGGCUCUCAUCAUGGAAGCAAGGCCACAGCCUGCCGGAUGGCGACUUCAAGCCUGAUACUGUUGUUAGACACAACUGCCAGACUGGUCGCUGGGUUACUAUCCUCCGCCCUCAAUGGCAACUAAACCCCCAGUCGCAUAUACAAAGGUUCUGUAUCGGAAAUAUGAACCGCUUUGUUGAUGUCUACAGUGGUGAUGGUGACCAAUUGGCUCAGCUGGGUGGCGACGGCAUCACCGCUGUCCCGGCAGUAGCUGUGUUCCAUCGCAGCAAAAAUUGGGUUGCUGGAGGUACCGCUAGCGGCAAGCUCUGCCUUUGGAUGUAA